AUGGGGACGUUGGUGCUGGGGAAGUGGAGUGAAACUGGACAUGUUCAGCAUUUGUUCGUCCAAAUAGAAUUCCAGGUGCAUAACCACCUACAAGCACAGUUAAGUCCUGAGCUAACUUUAGAGAAACCCCGUGCUUUUUUCCUGAGCGGCCCAUGCCUGCCUUGCUCUGUGGACCCAGAUGCAUUAUGGCACUUGGUACUCAAGGAACACAUUCUUGGCCAUGGGCCAUGGGUCACUCAUUCAGUUUCUCGGUUGCACUGGUAUCAUUUCCAACGCAUUGCUUCUGGUGUGUUCAACAUCUACGUUAUUGGACAACGCCUGGUUGGAGAGUCACUCAUGCUUCUUACAAAGCAACGGGAAAUAUUGGGCACUUCAUCAGGUGACUUCAGGUGUAUUUCUAGAGAUUGUCCAGGUGAGUCAAAGAGCAAAUGCCAUGAAAGAGCCAUCCACAGCCACAAGACCACAAGACGCAGAACCUCUUCUGGCAAAACGGUCCUGCCUCACCCAGAGGUGGCCGAGGACGCCGUUGGAGGACCACAAAGCUGCAAGUGGCUUUCCUGGGUCCUGCAGGGAACAACUGGAGGAUGCUUGGAAGGGAGCCCACAUUGGGUCUCACAGGAGUCUGCAACUGCAGGUCAUGCUGGCAUUAGCCCCUCAUCCUCUGCAGUUCAUCUCAUCCCGGUGAAGACAGCUGGCUGGCCUCAGAGGGUCUCAUCCGCUGAGCAGUACCUCCUCCCGAUUCAGCACAUCCCUGGUGCCAACUUUUUACAUGUGUUCACUUUGAGGAUGCAUUGUGGGCCUGCAAGAAAUGUAAAGCUGUUUGAGGCUUUAUUAAAUUCAAAUUCGAGCUGUUAA